AUGGUGUCAAAGAACGCGUCCUUCCAGAAGGACCAGAACUCGCGGCGCACGGUGGAUUUUCUGGCAAACGGGCUGGUGUUCUCCGAGGGCGCCUUCUGGGCGCGGCAGCGCAAGAUGAUCAGCCCCGCGUUCAGCCCCGCCUACAUCAAGCACGCAGUGACAGUAAUGGAUGACCAAGCGCGCAGGGCAGUGCGGCACUGGGUUCACGCAGUCACCCAUGCCAGCGACAGCAAGCACAGCGGCGGCGGCGGCGGCGGCAGCGGCGUGUGUGAGAUUGACAUGUAUGCUGCCUUCACCUCCCUCACCCUCGACAUCAUCGGCCUGGCUGCGUUUGGUAGCCCUGUCAGCAGCAGUGGGGUGGGCACGGAUGGUGGUAGUGGGAAGGAGACGGAGGAGGAAAGGAGUGUGAAGGAGGCGAAUGGAGGAGGAGAGGGGGGGAGGAGUGUGAGGGACGUGUAUGAGGCGGUGAAUGUUCUGAGCACUCGGAGCGCCAAAAGGAUGUUCUCAGGCCGCCUCUUCAUUCCCUUUUACACCUGGCUGCCAACGCAGGAGAACCGGGAGAUGCAGCAGGCAGCGGAGAGGGUGAGGCGCCUGUCUCUCGACCUCAUUGCCACACGCAGUCAGCAGCAAGCGAGUGAGCCGGGGAAGGAUCUGCUGGCAGUGAUGCUGGCAGCGAGGGAUGACGUCAGAAACGAGCAGAUGACCGACCAGCAGCUGGUGGACGAGUGUGUCACGUUCCUCGUGGCCGGCCAUGAGACAACAGCCAAGCUGCUGACGUGGGGCGUGUACCUGCUAGCGCGCUUCCCUGAGUGGCAGCAAAAGCUGCGGGAGGAGGUGUGGCAGGUGAUGGGGGAGAAUGGGGAUGCAGGGAAAGGGGCGAUGGAAGGUGGAGAGGAAGGGGAGCAGGAGGAGGGGGCGCGGGGCAAGAAGGGAGGGGGCGGAGUGGAGGUGGCAUGGGAGCAAGUGGCGCAGCUGAGGCAGAUGCACAUGGUGCUGCUGGAGACGCUCAGGCUCUUCCCACCCACGCCUACCAUCACCAGGGAGGCCAGCAAGAGCCACCCUUCCCAUCCUUUUCCCAGUGCCUUCCUUUCCCCCAUGCCUUCUCAUGCCUUCCUUUCCCCCAUGCCUUCCCAUGCCUUCCUUUCCACCAUGCCUUCCCAUCCAUCCUUUUCCCCAUGCCUUCCUUUCCGCCAUGCAUUCCCAUCCAUCCUUUUCCCUAUGCCUUCCUUUCUGUCAUGCCUUCCCAUCCUUUUCCCUAUGCCUUCCAUUUCCCCCAUGCCUUCCCGUCCUUUUCCCCAUGCCUUCCAUUCCGCCAUGCCUUCCCAUCCUUUUCCCCACGCCUUCCCAUCUUUCCCCUAUGCCUUCCCAUCCUUUUCCCCGUGCCUUCCUUUACCCCAUGCCUUAACAUCCAUCCGUUCCCCCAUGCCUUCCCCAUGCCUUCCCCCAUGCCUUCCCCCAUGCCUUCCCCAUGCCUUCCCCCGUGCCUUCCCCUAUGCCUUCCCCCAUGCCUUCCCCAUGCCUUCCCCCAUGCCUUCCCCUAUGCCUUCCCCCAUGCCUCUCCCCAUGCCUUCCCCCAUGCCUUCCCCUAUGCCUUCCCCCAUGCCUCUCCCCAUGCCUUCCCCCAUGCCUUCGCCAUUGCCGUAUUUCCGCAUUUCCCAUGCCCACCAGGAUGUCUCCCUGGGCCCGUACAGCAUCCCAGCAGGCACGCGAAUCAUGAUGUCCCUUGCCAUGCCGCACAGCGACCCGCGCUACUGGGGGGAGGACACGCUCGAGUUCAACCCCGCCCGCUUCAAGGACGGCAUACAGGGAGCAUGUUCGCACCCACAGGCCUUUGUGCCGUUCUCAGCGGGCCCCCGGGACUGCAUUGGCUCCAACUUUGCUCUCACAGAGGCCAAGGUUGUCCUUGCGCAUUUGCUCAGGCGCCUCGAGCCCACGUACCUUGUCGCGCACGCCACUCCAGAAGAGCCAUGGCGCAAGCGAAGUGACUCUCCCAUGCCAACCCCUCCUGCCUCCGCGGAUGCCGCUCACAACCUCUUCAUCGCGUCCAUCUGCCGUCGCUGGCGGCGACUCGCUCAGAGGCACGUCUCGACGCUGCUCGUAAAGGAUAACCGCGUCGCGUCUCACCGCGAUGUGCUCAACGCGGUCGCCUGCUUUCCUCUGCUGACCCAUCUGCAUCUGUCGGAUUUCAGCGUUGAGACGGUGGAUGACGUGUUUCUAGCUGAUCUCGCCGUUUCUUGCCCUGGGUUGAGAGCGCUGCACGUGGGGAUGGAGUACGAGGGACAGCAUGGAAGCAAUGGACGCGUGAUAACAGAAUCGGGCUUGGACUUUUUCUUCCGUCACUGCUCUCAACUGGAGCAGCUGUCGCUGUUCUGUCUCGAGGAAGAUCUGAACCCGCCAGCUUCGUUCUUCCAGCUUCAGCAUCUGCACACCCUCGUCUUGACCACCGCCUUCAUUUUAAAGUCUCCAGAUCUCAGCUCUCUUUCGUCUCUCACAGCAGUCUCCAUCGAAACCCCCAACCUUCACUACAACCAGCUCUCCAGCCUCCUUCAACUCACCAACCUCACCCGCCUCUCCUUGCCUGACGACAUUCGCAUGAUUUCAGCAGAUCCGCCCACCUUCUCGCUCGCACAGCUUCCUACUCUCCAUUCGCUCAAGUUCGGAGCGUAUGAUGCGCACUUCAGCGUUUUUUUCCCUCCUGGAUCGCCAUUCAGGUUCCUGAAACGCCUGCAGCUCAGAUAUUGCUUCGACCUAGAGCGGCUUCCAAGCAACAUUGGGCAGGUGCUGCCGCGCCUCCAAGAGCUCAACAUCAACGACUGCGAAACCUUGAGCGAUCUAACUGACGCGAUCACGUCGCUCACCUGCCUGGAGAGCCUGACCGUAUCCCGCUGCAGAGUGUUCGAUCUGCCAGAAGACUUUGGCCAUCUUCCAGCCUUGAAGGCGUUGGUGCUGAACCAGCUGCCGCUUUGCACUCUCCCUGCCUCGUUCACCAGACUUGCAUCUCUGGAGACGUUUUUUCUGCAUUGGUGCGAAGAUAUGGAGGAGCUUCCUGCAGGGUUUGGUCGCCUCACAGCCCUCCGGUCUCUGAGCCUUACAGGGUCGUCCAUCUUGCAGCUUCCAGAAGACUUGGGCGGCCUGACCAACCUCCACACCUUUCAUUUCGAGAAAAACAGCCUAGGGCAGCUGCUGUCGUCAUUAGCGCAGCUGGCUUCGCUUACCAGGCUGGAGCUGCAAGGGUGCAAUAGUGAGCUUCCAGAGGGCAUGGGGGAGAUGACAAACCUGCAGGAGCUCUACAUUCAUUACUGCUAUUCUCUUAAGGAGCUUCCAGAAGCUGUGACGUCGCUUGGCAGCCUUCAAGUGCUGAGGAUCACAGAGUGUGAAGAUCUCGUGUCGGUUCCCAGGAGGCUGGAUGGGCUUACCAGCUUGACGCUGUUGGAGCUGCGGGGGUGUUGGCGGCUGAACGAAGCCCCUCAGGCUCUGCCACUCAGUCUGCAGGCUCUCCGCUACUCAGAAAAUCAGCAGCUGGGGUCUCUGCCAGAUAUUUCAAGACUUACAGGGCUCAGGGAGCUGUGCUUGCACACGGUGGACGCAGCCUGUAUUGAGGCCAUCGGUGAGCAUCUCUCGAAUGUGCAGCAUCUGGAGCUGGAGCUCAGAGCGGGUGCGGAGGAGUCUCUGUCCGCACUGACCAGGCUUGCUCGCCUCCGCACCUUGACACUCGAGGAGGCUCGCAGUGUGAACACGCUGGUGGAAUCUGAGGGCUUGGGUUUGCAGGAGCUACGCCAGCUGAACAUCUCCAAAAUGAGGGGUGUUGUUGAACUCACAGAGCUGCCUGCGGCCAUCACCACUCUCCACUGCCUGACAUCCAUUAGAAUCCUCAUGGAAAACUUGCCUUCUCUUCCGCAUGCCUUUGGGGCAUUCUCAAAGCUGCGCAAGCUGGACUUAUCCUACUGCUCAUCGCUCACGCGUCUCCCUGCGUCUCUCACGCAGCUCUCCUGCCUGCAUGAGCUGAACGUCAGGUACACCAGCAUCCACCUUCUUCCGCCUGGCUUUGCUCAGCUCAGCAGACUGAGGAGGCUUGAUAUCCAUGGAUGCAAGCAGCUGGAGGCUCUGCCUGACGACAUAUCUGAGCUUAGAAUGCUCGAGUGCGUCUCUACUACAGGGUGUGACAUGCUCCGGCAGUGA